UCAGUGCUCUCUGGAGAGGCUGCCCUGGGGUUCUGGCUGUAGCCGUCCUGUCUGGCUGCUUCCUCUCUCCUCUCCCUCCCAGAGCCCAACUGCUGUCAUGUUGUGUCCUGCCAAGGAGGAGGGAACUGCAGUGACAGCAGGAGUGAGAGGCAGGACAGAGUUGUGGGGCACGGAGUGGUAUGGAGAGGGAGAUGCUGAGACCAGGUGACAGUGAGACGCAGAGAGAGGGCUAAGGAGUAGGGUGAGGGCUGUUGAGAGUCUGGGGGAAGAGUAGAAACUAAAAGGAGUAGCAAGAAGACAGGACUUGUGGGUCACAGCCACUCAGCCAUGCUGGGAGCAAAGCGACUCUGGCUACCAGGUCUUGCCCCCAACCCCUGGUUGCCCUUGGCCCUGACGCUUCUGGCCCUGGGGACCGGAUGGGCCCAGGAAGGGUCGGAGCCUGUUCUCCUGGAGGGCGAGUGCCUGGUGGUCUGUGAGCCCGGCAGGGCUGCUGCAGGGGGGCCUGGAGGAGCAGCUCUGGGAGAAGCGCCGCCCGGAAGAGUGGCAUUUGCUGCAGUUCGAAGCCACCACCAUGAGCCAGCAGGGGAGACGGGCAACGGCACCAAUGGGGCCAUCUAUUUUGACCAGGUCUUGGUGAAUGAGGGCGGUGGCUUUGAUCGCGCCUCAGGUUCCUUCGUGGCCCCUGUCCGAGGUGUCUACAGCUUCAGGUUCCACGUGGUGAAGGUGUACAACCGCCAAACCGUCCAGGUGAGCCUGAUGCUGAACACAUGGCCUGUCAUCUCAGCCUUUGCCAAUGACCCUGAUGUGACCCGGGAGGCAGCCACCAGCUCUGUGCUACUGCCCCUGGACCCCGGGGACCGGGUGUCUCUGCGCCUUCGUCGGGGGAACCUGCUGGGUGGCUGGAAAUAUUCAAGCUUCUCUGGCUUCCUCAUCUUCCCACUCUGAGGGCUCAAGCCUUUCAAGAAUGGGAAUCCAGCCCCUGACCUCUAUCCUCUGCCCUCCCCUGCCCCAGAAGCAACAUCUUUGGGGCAGGAGAAAGGCUCCCUCUGGCUGCCUGAAUUCCACCUUCUUGCAUGGGAUCUUCUGCCAAACACCCAAGGUGAUGAGUAGAGCUAUAUCUAGGGACAAGCCCCUCUAACCUCCCUCCUCCUCCUCACAUGCCCUCACAACCUCUCACUGCAUCUCUCUGUCUGCGACCUUAGGAUCAGGGCAGGAUUUGGCAGGUAAAAAGUCCUGCGAUACUUUGCAGACUUUGCUGCUCCUUCCCCCACCCCACCCACAGCCUCUAGCUCAGUGCUACUUGGAAACAGGUGGCACAGGUGAACCUGACAGGCCCCCACAAGGGCCCAGAUGGACCGGCCUCAUCAUACCCUACAGGCUCCUUCCUGUGAGGUGUGCCAGCAUCCCGGAUUUCUGCCAACAGUCAGGAGCUGAGCCAGCACCAUAUGGACCAGGGCAGGAGGCUCAGCCACCAGUAUCAUUGUGGGGAGGGCCACUGAGGAGCCCAGAGCCUGUGGCUGGUAGGACAGGAAUGGGACAUGUGACCAGCCUGAACAAGGUACACAUUUUCCAUGCACACUGGGGCAGCCAGCAGGCAGCGAACCUGGGUGUUCAUCUGUACAGGUCCCAAAUGGACUCUGGCCCUCACCUCCCCACCUGAGUCAUGGGUGUGUGUGUGUGUGUGUGUGUGUUUGCUCUGGCUGAGAGCAGGUAUACAGUGCUUCCUUGGGCAGCUGUUGGUGGGGGUAGAAGGUCACCUGUGGACAAGUAUAGAUCUCCGGGCAUGGAACACAGCAAUGACCAUAGCAAUCUUUUACAAGUGCUCAACCUUUGUAGUCUAAAGUUCAAUCACUCCAUGUUCUAGCCACCACCUCCUUCCUCCCAGCUCUAUCAAAUACCUUCACCAAACCUGUUGUGGAAUAUCCCACAACCUCUCUUCUUUCCCCUGAUCUGUGCUAUCUUAGCCUCCUUUUAAACUUCCUAUUUCCUUGGUUUCAAUGAUGCAUCCCUUCAACCACUCUCCUGCCAUUAUUAGACACUCUCUUACCUGGCUGUCCAAUUGGUCCAGCAUGGAUGACUCUAUCAAUAAAGUAACUAGAGAAUGAUAGUUGAUGAGACACUAUAAGAUCACUAAAGAUAAAAGAUGCCAUUACAGUUUGGAUUAGAGACUCCAGGAUACAAGCAGGUAUGUUAUAGAGAAAA